AGUUUCUACUGUGCUGUUUAUUUUCCAUUGUUGGAUAUUUUUUUCUUGGCUUUUUCUUUUUCUUUUUUCCUUCUUAAUCUUUGUCUUUUUGUUGAUAAUUAGAUAAUUAAGUUUGGUAAUUUUCUCUUUUCCAUUUUCAGAUGGAUUUUUUAGUUCGGUUGAUCUUAUGAAUAAAUACUUAAUUUGAGAAGAUAUUUUUUAGUUUAAAUGGUUGCUAGUGAGCCAAUAUUUUCCCGAAUUUUUUAUUUUAUUUUUUAUCUCCUGGGUUUCUAGAUUGUAAAGUUUACAACUGGUAGUGAAAUUUUAAGCUGGAGAUGGGUUUGCCUGGUUUUUUCUUUAUGAAAUUUUCGUUGAUGUUAUGGGUUUUUGAUGGGAUGUCUGAUCAUCAUGAGUUGGGAUAAUAAUGAGAUCUUGCUGAAACAGAAGUGGGAUACUCGUACUAUCUUGCUUCUUCAAGUGCAUGGAAGUAUAAGAUAUAAAUUUGAUUCUGGAUUUGGUUGUUGCUGGGACAAGAAACGGGAUCUCAUAUGAAUUUCAAGAAUUUUGGUGAUGCCUCAAGUGGGGAAGGUGGGAACUUGAGGCCGGUCGGGAAUCUCCCCUUGGCUAGGCAGUCUUCAGUAUACUCUCUUACACUGGAUGAGUUCCAGAACACGUUGGGUGGAAUGGGCAAGGAUUUUGGGUCAAUGAACAUGGAUGAACUAUUGAAGAAUAUUUGGUCUGCUGAAGAGACUCAAGCUAUGAGUUCUUCAGCUGGAGGAGGGGGAGAAGGGGGUGUUCCUGGCUCUAAUUUACAGAGGCAAGGAUCGUUGACAUUACCCCGGACACUGAGUCAAAAGACUGUUGAUGAGGUUUGGAGAGACUUGAUAAAGGAAAGUAGUGUUGGGGUUGCAGCUAAAGAUGUGAGUGAUGGUGUUGGUGGCGGUGCUGGAGGGGCAAAUAUGCCACAGAGGCAACAGACUUUGGGAGAGAUGACUUUGGAGGAGUUCUUGGUGAGGGCAGGAGUAGUAAGAGAAGAUACUCAGCAGUUUGGAAGGCCAAAUAACACUGGUUUCUAUGGUAAUAAUACUGCUAGUUUAGCUCUUGGAUACCAACAACAAACACAGAAUCACGGGUUGUUGGGAAACCGAGCUCCAGUUCCUAAUCAGCCCUCUAGUUUUGGACUAAAUGUUGGUCGAAUCAGGAUGAGUCAGCAACAACCACAGCAGCAGCAGCAGCCCCUCUUCCCCAAGCAAGCAACUGUGGCAUUUGCCUCUCCUGUGCAUUUAGUGAAUGGGGGUCAGCUUACUAGCCCAGCAUCAAGGGGUUCAAUUGUUGGAAUAGGAGAUCCAUCUUUGAAUAACAAUUUAGUUCAGGUUGGAGGAUUGCAUAGUGGGGGAGGUAUUGGCAUGGUUGGUUUAGGAACUGGGGGAGUUACAGUUGCAGCAGGAUCUCCCGGGAGACAGAUAUCUCCAGAUGUUAUUUCAAAAAGUAGCGCAGAUAACUCUUCAUUGUCACCAGUUCCUUACAUGUUUGGACGGGGAAGAAAAUGCAGUGCGGCUUUGGAGAAAGUAGUUGAGAGAAGACAAAGGAGAAUGAUUAAAAACCGAGAGUCAGCUGCAAGAUCUAGAGCUCGCAAGCAGGCCUAUACCAUGGAACUGGAAGCAGAAGUUGCAAAACUAAAAGAGCUGAAUCAAGAAUUGGAGAGAAAACAGGCAGAAAUCAUGGAAAUGCAGAAAACUCAGCUUUUAGACACAAUGAACCAGCCAUGGAGAAGUAAAAGACAAUGCUUGAGAAGGACAUUGACAGGGCCUUGGUAGUUGGUAGAGUUAAAAAAGAAAAUGCUGAAUGUGGCUGCAGUUAAUGAUCUAUAUUUUGUAUUACAAAUGGUAGGUAGGUGUAUGUAUAGGAGCAAAGAACGUUUAGUUUGUAAAUUAUGAACUGAAAUUAGCUUUACACUGUUAGAUCAGACUUUGUGAUUUGUGUGAUCUCUCUAUUUGAUUCUCACUUGAUAGUAAAGGGCAGCUAGGGUAGUGCAAGUUAGAUAGAUAUAUGUUCCAUUGAUACACCGUCUGCCUGAAUAUAUGGUUUGGUUCUAACCUAGACUCUGGUUUGAUUGAUGUCAUUUCUAAUUUACUUCUCUUUGUAA